CCCCCCCGCGCGCGCAGCGUUACCUGGCAGCGCCGUCACCGCGCCGGCCGUCGCCUCACCACCGCGGCUCCAAAGGCCCUCGGACGCGGCCCAGCCCAGGGGAAAGGGGACCGGGCUGACACUACCAUCUCCGUUACACCUUCGCCGCCCGAGGAGUGCUCUCGGAGGGACACGGGAGUCAUCGCACCGCCCCCGGGAACGAACUAACAUCUGGCUAUGGCAGAAGACUUAAAGAGUCUGUUGGGCGCAGGAAGUGUCCGAGAGCUGCAGCAGAAGCUGGAGAACUGGCAUCACGACUACGAGAUGAAUUCCAGUGGUGAAAAUAUGAGCCGAUGCUGUGAAAUCUUAGAACUGAACACCGCAAUUCAAAAGCAGCUCUUCUCAAUUCUCAGUGAAACAUCUCAAGAUGCUGAUAAAUGCGCAGAAGUAAUAAAAAGCUGUAUCACGCCAAGCCCAUGCUGUGCUGCUUCAGGAGCACAGGAUUCAGCUGGAGAAGAACUACAGCUGUGUGAUUUGGCCAGCAAUCCAAAAUGUCGACUGCAAGAUUUGGAGAGCAAACUAGCCGAAACUCGUCUGCAGAUCAACCGGAUGGAACGAGAGCUUGCACGGACCUGCCCUCCUUGCUCUCCUUGCCCUCCUUGCUCUCCUUGCCGACCUUGCUCUCCUUGCCCUCCUUGCUCUCCUUGUCCUCCUUGCCGUCCUUGCUCUCCUUGCCCUCCUUGUUCUCCUUGCCCUCCUUGCUCUCCUUGCCCUCCUUGCUCUCCUUGCCCUCCUUGCUCUCCUUGCCCUCCUUGCCCUCCUUGCCCUCCCUGUGCUCCUUGCCCUCCCUGUGCUCCUUGCCCUCCUUGUGCUCCUUGCCCUCCUUGUGCUCCUUGCCCUCCUUGUACUCCUUGCCCUCCUUGCUCUCCUUGCUCUCCUUGCCCUCCUUGCUCUCCUUGCCCUCCUUGCCCUCCUUGCCCUCCUUGCCCUCCUUUCCGGUGUGGGAGCAGCCGACCUGUUUGCGUGAAGAGCUGGUCACCUGCCCAGAGCAGACGGGUCCAUGCUUCGCGUCGCGCCUGCCUCAUAGCGCGCUUCAACUUCAUCUAUGCUAAAGACCGCUUGGAUGCAGAGGCCCGUUUGAGGACAUUCAUCUGUGACAUGCAGAUGGUGCAGAGGAUAAUAUACCUUGCAGUUGUGGAAUCUUUCCGUGCAGCAAGGAUGGCCUUCUGGAAGCUCAAAAUACAUCUAAAAGAGACUUUGCCUCUAUGUCACUUGGCGGGACCUGGGUCAGCUGAACUUGCUAUCCUGGAUUAUAUGGCUUGCCACAAGGAAGUGUAUGACGUUUGUUGCAGUGUCCAGGAAGUAAUUUGCACCUUGAGCAUGAAUCCGAAGCUUCCGUGUCCAGUAGAGGUUGAUUUUGCAGUGCUCAGCUGCUUGAUUAGAGAGUUGUGCUGUUUGGCUUUUCAAAUGCAGACACUCCUUCCUGCUCUUGAUAUUGCUGUUGGUGUUGAUGGAGAGCUUUUCAAUAAGUGCAUGUACUAUCGUAGUUGUGACUCAGAUUUCACAGCUUGCUUUGUGGCCUAUCACGUCUGGCCUGCUCUGAUGGAAAAUGGUAAUGUAAUUGUGAAGGGAGAGGUAGUCACCAAAAGAACUGUUCCGUGUUGUCGCAGAAGCAGAGUUAGAAGCAAAAGCUGCUGCUGUGGUCGUCGUCUCCUGCCUGGUCAAGUAACUCGAAGCCGCAGUCUUUCAACAGUGAGGGUCAAAAGGCGCUAACUGAACAUCUUCCUGUGGUGCAGUAUCUGGAUUCAACAACUUUGCUGAUGCCUUUUCUUCUCAGAAAUACAUCAAAUCUCUCAAAAAUGUGAAUGGCAACUGUCACUUAAAAUGGAGUUUGUGUUCAGUGUGUUUUUUUAAAUUAUAGAAGGCUUAUUUAUAAUUUUAGAAGCUAAACUCUUCUGAUUGCAAAAAAAAAAAAAAAGUGCAUGCAGAACAGGAUAAUUUGGCAAAAUUUUCAAAGCUCUCAGGAACCCAUGAUGUAAUCUUACAGGUGGAGAUAGAAUUAUUGCAUCUAGAAUGUUUGCGUUCCACAGAUUCCAAAUGAUGCAGUUUAUCUUGAUAGGAUUUUAAUAUAACCUAAAUGGUGAAUGUUGAAGAACAUUGAGGUUAGCUAUUACUUGAAAACAAUGUAAUUAAUUGGUGCUUAUUUACAAUUUUUAGAAAACAGCAAUAAUCAUAAGAUGUGCCAGUCAGACACAGCAGCCUUUUAAAUAUAUCCUUGUGAUAAACUGAAUUUUCUAGCUACAGUGCAGAAGUUGCACAGAACGAUCAUAAAAUGCCAAUACUGCAGCAAUCCCCAGGGCUUUAUUGACAUUUAUGCAUAAAUGCCCGCCUGUCCUUUAGCAAGGCAGUAAUAGUUCUUGCUUAAAUACAUUGUUACUUUGAAAUUAUUGUAAUAAAAACUUGUAGUUUUUGUACACUAGUAGGAUAAUUUUGGAAGUGUGUCACUGAGGCUUGAAAUAUUUGAUUGAGGCCUCUUCAGUGUCACACUUCAUGGGCUUUCAUACCGUAUUGAUAGAUCAUUAAUUUUUGCAAAUACAGUGAAAAAAUCCUGUCCAGUUAACUCUUACUGUGGGCAUUUAUUACACUUUAAAUGUAAAACUUGGAGAGAGCUGAAGAGAUUUAACAGUGAUAAAAUAUGGGACAACAUGCCAUCCCAUUCAUACCAUCUCUGAGCCAGAAAGAGAUGGCUAGAGCCUGGAGAGGAGGGUGUGCAUGUCAGUGGAGGACACCUGAAGGAACAGCACCAAGGAAUUCCAGCCACUCCAGGCAGGAAGUCAGCUUCACCAGGGGCCCAGCUUAAAUCCUCUAUUCUAAAAAAACGGGUAAGAUGGGAAGUAAACAGGAGAAACAGAGACAUGCGCUGGCCCUACAGGGCUAUGGCCUAAUUGGCAUCCUGAGAAGUGGUGGGAUAGCUUCUGUGUCUGGAGGGCUGGAAUGGAAGGGCAAAUGCACUUUAUGAGGGAAAGACGGGAGAUGAAUGGUGCUGCCCGCUCUGUCAACCAGCUGGAGUGCAUGGAGCUCGGCCUGAGUAUGGAUGAGGAGCUGUCUGAGAGCUUAUGGGUAAGGAUUAAAGGGAGGGCAGGAACAGGUGCCAUUAUUAGUGGGGAACUGCUACAGGCCACCUGGCCAGAAGAACUGAGUCAAUGAGGCUCACUACAGACAGGUAGGAGCAAUCUCAUGUUCCCAAGCCCUGGCCCUCCUGAGGGACUUCAACCAGCCUUAUACCUGUUGAAUGGACAACACAGCAGAGCACAGGCAGUUCAGGAGGUUCUAGAAAUGUGUUAAUGAAAACUUCCUACUCUAAGUGAAAGGAACCGAUGAGGGGAGGUAUGCUGGACCUUAUCUCGUCAACAAGGAGAAGCUGGUGGGGAAUAUGAAGCUCAAGGGCAGCCUGAGCUGCGGUGACCACAAGGUGGUGUAGUUUGAGAUCCUUGAGUCAAUGAGAAGAGUGAGAAGCAAAUAUGCUACCUCGCACUUCAGGAAAGCAGACUUUGGUCUCUUCAAGGACCUCCUUGAUAGAGUGCUGUGAGACAGAGCCCUGGAGGGUAGAGGGGCCCAAGAAGAACUGCAUGAUAUUCCAAGGUUGUCUCCAGGGUCAAAAGCAAUGUAUUUCUACAGAGAUGAAAUCAGAGAAGAACACCAGGAGACCUGCAUGGAUGAGCAAGGAACUCCUGGACAAACUUAAACAGGUAGCUUACAGAGGUUGGAAACAGGGAAAGAUAGCCUGGGAUAAACACAGAGAAAUUGUCCCAAAAGCCAAGGGUCUGUUCAGGAAAGCAGAAGCACCAGCAGAUGUAAAUUUCGCCAAGGGCAUCAUAAGUAACAAAAAAAGCCUCCUCAGGUGCAUCAACAAUAAAAGAAAGACAAGGGAAAAAUGUGUGUACUCUCAGCAAGGACCUAGUUACCCAGGACAUGGAGAAGACCGAGGUAUUCAAUGACUUCUUUGCCUCAGUCUUCACCAGCAAGUGCUCCAGCCACAUUACCCAAGUUGAAUACGGUGAAGUCAAGGAUUUGGAGAAUGAAGAACUGUCUGCUGUAGGAGGAGAAUGCGUGUGAGAACAUCUAAGGAGCCUGAAUAUAUGCUAAUCCAUGACAUCUGAUGAGUAACAUCCACAGGAACUGGCCAAGGAAGUUACUAAGCCACUAUCCAUCAUAUCUGAGAAGUCAUGGCAGUCCCAUGAAGUUCACAUAGAGUGGAAAAGAGCAAACAUAACCCCCAUUAUUAAAAAGGGAAAUAAAGAAGAGCCACUGCUUGUGGGAAAAGCAGAUGCAUCCUCAUUGUUUACUCUCUGCAGGACAAACAGCAUUUCAAAUGUCAAAAGAUGUCUGGUGCUCUCUGGCUUGUGAGAUGAUGUUUUUGUUUUGACUCUGCAGAAACUGAAGGGGGAAGCCAUUAAAAGGAGAAGAGGCACAAAAUCAGAUAAAAUGAUCAGAAAAUGUUGACAGGACAAGCAGGGUAAAGAUGUGACUGGCAAUUGUUGCAUGUAUGCGUGUAAUGUGCAGCAGAGCUGAUGUCUCACAGCGUGGACUUGGCUGGCGAGGCUGGUCCUGCUGGAAAAUGCAAAGUAGCAUUGCUUGCAGUUGGGCUGGUUGCUCUCCCUUCUGCCCAUGGGACCAUCCUGGCAGGAUGGAGGACUUGCGCUCUCUUGGCAUGUACCCAAAUAGGGGCUUCACCUGGAAGCAGAGUAAAAACCUUAUGAAACCUUCCCAUAGUGACUAGAAAGGGCUAGUGGGCAUUUUAGAUGAAAGUUUAUGUGUUAACCUGAAGACACCAACUUAAGGGAAAAAAAAAUUACAUCUCAUUUUCCUGAGGAAUUGUUUGUCUAAGAAAGGCUCUGGGCGCCUUUGCCCAGCACAGGACACAGAGCUGAAUAUUUCCCACGAGAUGGCACUAUUGCCUUAAGAACAGAAAAAUCAGGUUUUAAUUUCAAGUGCCGUUUUAAAAGCUAUUGCCAUUGUGAGGUUAGCCAGUAAAUGCAUAAUAGCCACAGAUUGGAGCAGUAUCAACAGAUGUCAAAUGGAGAAUUAGCUUGCUGAUUGAACUAUUGAAGUUUGCUGCCUGAUAAGAGUAUGAAAAUCCUGACAUAUGUGUUGUGAGAUGAACAUCACUAUCAAUACAUUAUUGGA